GAGGGUGACAUGAGGGCGGGGGUGGGGUUUUUAGAGGAACCCCUACUAUUAAAGCCGUAGGAAUGAGUGAGGCAGGCGACUCUAGAAGCAGAGGCACUCUGUGAAGGGGAAGUCAACUCUGAGGAUGCCAGAGCCAACCAAAAAAGCAGUCUCUGCCUUUGUCAAGAAGCCAAAGGGUCAGGAGGCAGACGAGGGCUCCUGUGUGGUGUUUGAGGCGGAGACAGAGAAGCACAACGCUAAAGUCAAAUGGCAGUGCGGCGCAAAGGACAUAGACAACAGCAAGACACACGUAAUCACCGCAGACGGAAACAAACACUCCUUCACCAUACCAGCCGUCACCAAGGGAGAUGCCAAUGUCUAUGCGGUGAUUGCUGGGGGGUCGAAGGUGAAGUUUGAGCUGAAAGUUAUAGCAAAGCCAGGCGAUGGGGUACCGGACACCCAGAAGCCCCCGGCUACAGCUGACGUCCCGGGGGAGACGGCAGCAACUGGGACCCCGGCAGGAGAGGGGGAACCGAGCACCGGUCCGGUCCCUGCACCGGCAGACCCCCCUGCACCUGCAUCGGCAGAGCCCCCGGCAACGGCAGACCCCCCAGCCCCGGCUGCACCCACCGAGGAUGCUCAGCCCGACACCAGACAGGAUCUGACUGGUCUGUUCACAGAGAAACCACAGAGUGGAGAAGUUACCGUUGGUAAGACCAUCACGUUUGUGGCCAAGGUGCACCUUGGCACGCUGUUGAAGAAACCAGCUGUCAAAUGGUUUAAGGGGAAGUGGAUGGACCUUGCGAGCAAGUGUGGGAAACACCUGCAGCUUAAGGAGACGUAUGAUCGGAAAACCCAGAUCCAUACCUUUGAGAUGCAAAUUGUAGAGGCCAAGCCCAACUUUGCAGGGGCUUACAGAUGUGAGGUGUCAUCCAGGGAUAAGUUCGACAGCUGUAAUUUUGAUCUGAUCGUACACGAGGCCUGUGCUGUUGAAGGCUUUGACAUCAGGGCAGCUUUUAGACGCACUAGCAUUGAUGGGAAAGAGGAUUCGGGGGAGCUGGACUUCAGCGGCUUGCUCAAGAAGAGCAGUUUUGUAAAACCGUUGAAAGGGGCUACGCAGACGAACGCAGGGCCUGAUGUGGAUGUCUGGGAGAUUCUCAAGAAGGCCCCUGUAACAGAUUAUGAGAAGAUUGCCUUCCAGCACGGAAUCACAGACCUGCGGGGCAUGCUCAAGAGACUGAAAAAGAUGAAGAAGGAAGAGAAGAAAAGUGAAGCCUUCAACAAGAAGCUGGAUCCUGCCUACCAAAUAGAGAAGGGCCAUAAAAUUAAGUUAGCCAUUGAAGUGACUGAUCCAAACGCCUUGGUGAAGUGGAUGAAGAAUGGACAGGAGAUUCAGCCCACUGGAAGCAAGUACAUCUUCGAGAGCGUUGGCAACAUGCGCUACCUCACCAUCAACCACUGUUCCUUGGCUGACGACGCAGCCUACACCUGCGUGGUGGGGGAGGAGAAGUGCACCACUGAGCUUUUCGUCAAAGAGCCUCCCGUAACCAUCGUGAAGGACCUGGAAGAUCAGAUGGUGAUGGUGGGAGAGAGGGUGGAGCUGGAGUGUGAGGUGUCCGAGGAGGGAGCUCCUGUCAAGUGGGAGAAAGAUGGCGUGGAACUGACAAGAGACGAGUCAUUCAAGUAUCGCUUUAAGAAGGACGGCCUGAAGCACAUACUGAUCAUAAACGAGGCUACGAAAGAAGACUGCGGCCACUACAGAGUCAAGACCAACGGAGGAGAGUCAGUAGCAGAACUAAUGGUGCAGGAGAAAGACCUGGAGGUUUACCAGAGCAUCGCAGACCUCACCGUGAAGGCCAAGGAAGAGGCGUUCUUUAAGUGUGAGGUAUCUGAUGAGAAGGUGAAGGGAACGUGGUACAAGAACGGUGUGGAGGUCAAGGCGAGCUCCAGAACCCAUAUCACUCACGUUGGCAGGAUUCACAAGCUGACCAUCGAUGCUGUGACCCCCGAGGAUGAGGGAGACUACACAUUCGUGCCAGAGGGCUACGCUUUCAACCUCUCUGCCAAGCUCAAUUUCCUGGAGGUGAAGAUUGAUUACGUUCCACGGCAAGAUCCCCCAAAGAUCCAUCUGGACUGUAUGGGCCGCAGUGCGGACUCUACCAUUAUAGUCGUGGCUGGCAACAAACUGCGGCUGGACGUCCCUAUCACUGGUGAUCCGGCCCCAACAGUGAUUUGGACCAAGGGAGGGAAGGCUAGUGCUGCAAAGCUAGAGGAUGCUGCAAACAAAGGAAAGGCCCCCCUCUCUUGGACCGUGAACGAGCUUGGAAAGGUGGUGUCAGAGGGAGACGGGAGAGUUCACGUGGAGAGCACCAUGGGCCACUGUGUGUUCACCAUUGAGGGGGCGGAGAGGCAGGACGAGGGGGGCUACUCGGUCGUUGUUCGCAACCCGGCCGGGGAGGACACCGCUGAAAUUAACGUCAAAGUGGUCGACGUGCCAGACCCCCCCCUGGCCCCCAGGGUGCUGAGUGUGGGUGAGGACAGCUGUGUGGUCCAGUGGGAUCCCCCUGCGUUUGACGGGGGUCAGCCUGUCAUCGGCUACGUGCUGGAGAGGAAGAAAAAACAAAGCUACAGAUGGAUGAGGUUGAACUUUGACCCCUACCCCGACACAACCUUCGAAGCCAAGAGGAUGAUCGAGGGCGUGGCCUAUGAGAUGCGGGUCUACGCUGUCAACGCCAUCGGCAUGUCGCGCCACAGCGCUGCCUCCCAGCCCUUUGUGCCAGUCGCUCCUACUAGCGAGCCCAUUGGGCUGUGCAUUGAUGACAUAAGCAACACCACCAUCUCACUGAAGUGGAGGACGCCUGAGCGGGUGGGCGCAGCUCAGCUGGAAGGAUACGGGGUGGAGUACUGCAAAGAGGGCACAGAUGAAUGGGUGCCAGCCUUUGAAGGUCUGAUUGACAGAAACUCUGUGGUAAUCAAAAAUCUUUGCACUGGAGAUAAGCUGCAUUUUCGUGUGCGGGCCUACAACAUGGCUGGCCCCAGUCCCCCCGCCAGACUGGCCCAGGCCGUCAGCAUCCAGGAGAUCAUGCAGCGGCCCAAAAUCUGGAUCCCCAGAAACCUACGGCAGACUCUGGUUAAGAAAGUUGGAGAGAGCAUCAAUCUUGUGAUUCCAUUCCAGGGUAAGCCAAGGCCCACGGUGAGCUGGAGCCGUGAUGGUGAGCCCCUGAAACCCACAGAAGUCAGCCUCCGCAACAGCGACACAGACACCAUCCUCUUCAUCCGUAUGGCGGAGAGGACACACUCUGGGAAAUAUGAUCUCCAGGUGCAGAUUGAAAACGUUGUAGACACAGCCAGCAUCAAUAUACAGAUCGUGGAUCUUCCAGGAUCCCCUCAAGACCUUAAGAUUACGGACGUGUGGAGUUUUAACGUUGCAAUUGAAUGGAAGGCACCGAAGGACAAUGGAAACUGUGAUAUUAUUGGUUACCUUGUUCGGAAGGCCGACAAGAAGACCAUGGAGUGGUUCACAGUGUUUGAGCAGCACAGACGCACCAACUGCGUGGUGUCUGACCUGGUCAUGGGGAACGAGUACGUUUUCCAAGUGCUUGCCAUAAACCACGUCGGCCUAAGCCCAGAACCUUGCAACUCCAAGGACAGCGCCUACAUCGAGAAAGCAGGUAGCCGCUACAAGUCCCCCAACUACAAGCAGCACGACUUCUCGGAGGCAGCUAAGUUCACCCACCCGCUGGUCAGCCGCUCUGUGAUAGCGGGGUACAACGCCACGCUCAGCUGCUCCGUUAGAGGGAUCCCUAAGCCCAAAGUGACCUGGUACAAAAACAAGAUGGACAUCUCCAACGAGGCCAAAUACAGAAUGUUCAGUAAGCAAGGCGUCCUGACCCUGGAGAUACGCAAGCCCUGCACCUUUGACGGGGGGGUCUACACCUGCAAGGCGGUGAACGACAGCGGCGAGGACGUCGUGGAGUGUAAACUAGAAGUUCGCUCUCAAAUCUAUAAAGAGGAAAAAAAGAGAGAAGAAAAAAAAGAGAAAUGUGGAGGAUCUGACUGAAGAAGAGCCUGGGAUUUCAGGGCCAAGUGGGCAAAUGUGUUCAAGAUAAAUACGAUGAUAUCCCUGUUAUUUUUGUCACAUUUUGUGUUUUGACCACUUACCAUUUUGUGUGACCUAUUUACCAAUAAUGAGAACUGUUUGUCUGAGUCUUAUUUAUCAUUCGACUGGUUUGUGGAUUUUUGUUCUGGCAUUCAGUAUUAGUAUUCAGAAAUAAUAAAAACAUCUGUGAAAACAGUAAUUAAA